AUGGAGACGGAGGACCAAUCAGAGUUCUGCUUUCCACAACUCAUUAACAUCUCCUGCAGGAAGCCCACAUCUCAUUGGUCUGAAGAUGUUUUUUUGACUGUUCUGCUGUCCGUCAUCUGCAUCUUCACUGUGGUUCUCAACCUGCUGGUCAUCAUCUCAAUCUCCCAUUUCAGGCAGCUCCACACUCCCACCAACCACCUCCUCCUCUGUCUCGCUGUCUCUGACUUUCUGGUGGGCCUCCUGGUGAUACCGGUUGAGAUCUACAUGAGAAUAUCCUGCUGGACUCUUGGUGAUGUUAUUUGUUGUCUGUGGGUCUGCGUGACUAUCACACUGACGUCUGUCUCCGUAGGAAACAUGGUGCUGAUAUCAGCUGACCGUUAUGUUGCUAUUUGUGAUCCCCUGCAUUAUAAAACCAAAGUUACUGUGAAAAGAGUUCAACUUUGGGUUUGUCUUUGUUGGGUUUUUUCUCUCCUCCUCUGUAGCAUCAUUUUGAAGGAUCAACUGGCUAAUCCUGAAAAGUAUAGUUUCUGCUACGGAGAGUGUGUCAUUAAGCUUAACUUUGAAGGAGGGAUUGUUGACCUUGUUAUGGUUUUCAUCCUUCCUCUUACCAUCAUCAUUACUCUCUACAUGAGAGUGUUUGUGGUUGCUGUGUCUCAGGCCAGAGCCAUGCGCUCUCAUGUUACGUCAAUCAAACUACAACAUUCAGUCGCUGGAAGAGCAAAGAAAUCAGAGCUAAAAGCAGCCAGGAAUCUCGGUAUCCUUGUCCUUGUUUUCUUCAUGUGUCUCUGUCCAUUUUAUAUUGUUUCUCUUGCACAUGACAACAAGAUAAUGUCUUCAUUUUCAAAAUAUGUGCCUUAUUUAUAUGAGUUAAACUCCUGUUUAAACCCGUUAAUAUAUGCCAUGUUUUAUCCCUGGUUUAGAAGAGCUGUCCGACACAUUGUCACUCUCAACAUACUGCAGCCUGGCUCCUGUGGGGAGAGCAUACUGUAG